CCACCUUCCAGUUCUGUUAUUGCAACUCCAGAUGGUUACCUGGCAUGCUGGGCUUUCCCUCCAACACUCUUAUCAGAGCAUGAGUUACUCACAGUGACUUCAGCUCCAAGUUUUGGCAUCUGUACCUUUAUGUAUGGUUAAGGAUUGUCAGAGUUGUGGAAUGCUGACAAAGCUUCGCUCAAAGGUUCAGGUUCUACUUCUUCCCCCAUAAGCUUCAGCAUGGCAGCACCUCGUCCCACUUUCUCUGGUUCAAGGGCAGAAAUGAGCAUCCUGGAAGACAACAAGUACUUGCGCUCUGAGCUGGAGCAAUGCAAACAGAACUUCCGGGAUCUCACAGAGAGAUUCCUCAUGUCCAAAGCUACUGCUUACUCCCUGGCCAACCAGCUGCAGAAAUACAAAUGUGAACAGUACAAGGCCCUCAUCGAGUCCAUGCUGGAGGAAAAAGUGCCAUUUGAGGAGGGGAAUCUAGCAGAGAAAACGAGGCCAGCUGCAAAUCUUGGGUCCUAUGAUCCCCUAGUUCAAGCUCAGGCCCAACAACUGACUCAAUUACGACAGAGGAUCCAGGAAGGUAAAGUUGUCUGUUAUCUUUUCACCCAGCAUGUGAAGAACACAGUCAAGUCUUUUGAAGCCCUCCUCAGGUGCACUGAUAUUGCCCACAGCCAGGGACAGAGAUUCUGUCAGCAGCUGGCCCAAGAAAGCCAGCUGGCAGAAAGCCUUGCCAGCAAACUCUCCACUGGAUGAAGCUUAACCCACGUGAUGACUCACGAAUCCAUCUUAACAAGUAACUCAAGACUUUGCUGGCCCUCCUGAGUCUAGCAGGGCGACUAUGAAACCACAAAUCCCCCUUGCAUCCCCCUCCUGCGAGUCCCACUCACCCUGUUCUCCUUUGUAAUGUGUAACUAUGCUGACUUGAGAAUUUUUCUCUUAUCUUCUUGGUGCUAUCUCAAAUAAACGUUUUCUACU